GAUAAUUAUGUCUCUAUUUAUACUUCUAGUUCACAUAAAUGCACUCGAUUCUUGUUUCGUAUUAUAUAACCUGCAGUACCAUUAUGUUUUAUACUCUCUGUCAGUUUGAGCAUACAAUUUGUUUUAGUAAUCCAUCAAUGCUUCGUCUGUGUUCUCUGUCUAUCAUAUUAUCUUCAUCAUCAUAUAGCCAUUUCUGUGCGUAUUUGCUUCAGCGUACCUGUCUCACAAAAGAACCUUGAAACCCCGGCCGUCUUUGUCAACAGCUCAACGAGUCUGGCAAACGGUUCCUGGAGCUGACCAAGGAGACAUGGAGCACCCACGUGAACCGGUCCCUGGCCUCUGGAACUUCCUUUAACCUACGCGCUUUCCAAGGAGACUACGAGGCUGUGGUCUGGUACAAGGGCAAGCCGAUAAAGAGGACCACCUUCAGUUUGGGCACACAGGACAAAACAGUUUCGAUUUCUGUUUCUGGCAACGGCUGUAAGUUCUUUACGCUAUCUUUUGAAUAUUUCUGCUCAUAAUUUGGUUUCUGGCCAUCUCUAAAUACUAUAAAAUGAUAAAUGUUUUGUACUUUGUUUCGCCAUCUUAUGUCUGUUCUGAACUUGCAUGUGUCAUUAUAUUGAGGUUUUAAAGGUAUUUAAAAGUACAUGAAUAGAAAGAGCACUUCUGUAUCAAUUUAAAAAACCCAACACAAUUCCAUCUUAGAUACGAUCCAGUUACCCAAGAAGAUAGACCCGUUCACCAUGAAGGUCCAGAUCAACCCACAGACCACACAGGCUAACCUGCGUACUCUGGGUCAGGCCAGCUCCACGUCACAGAACUCACAACUCACGUGCAUCACGCGCAGGUCACCAACCUCUGCUGUCGGCGUCAGUAAAACUACUCAAGUCACGUGCCAGGGAGAUGAGGUCCUCACCGGCUGUUCUAGUUGGCUCAAGGACAGCGACUGGCACCGUGAUGGGGAAGAAAUUCUUAUGUCCGGUGGAAAGCAGGCGUGUCGAGCAAUGAACGGAUACUUAUCUGCUGCAGGGGUUGAGGCCGUGGCUCGGUGCUGCAGUGUGCGGGGUCUGAGAUGUGAGUACCGCACGGCAGGACCCUCUGGUACUGGGAUGGACGACAAGGUGGAGGUGCCUUGUCAGGGGCAGGCAUAUGCCUUAGGCUGCUCCACGCUCGCCUACUCCCACAACUCUGACGGCACUAUCUUCACUAACACCUCAUGUAUGGGACAGAACGACUACCCGAGGAACGGUGUGUAUUCCUACGCGGCGUGCUGCCAGAGUCCCAACCUCCAAUGUCGCACAGUGACCUCCGGGACGAGUGGCAAGAAACAGUCGGAUCAGGUUGGGGUCACGUGUCCUAAUGGCUACGUCAUGACGGGAUGUAACGUCUUCUCACAGUAUGCGAAAGCUGCGGGGGCAUUUAUCAACACCAACGCUGCAGGCACAGAUACGUGUGUUGCUGUGAAUGGAGUCGAGAAGUUUGGACCCGAGACGGGGGUCCAGGCGCAGGCCACCUGCUGUCGGAACUAGACUGAGAAGUACAGCCCUAAAAUUGUGUGCCUGGAGGCACUAUUUUCGAAGAGUUGCUUUAUCUGUACAUUCUGCAAUUAC